UAAACAUCAGCCAACUUCCGAUAGUGAAGCGAAGCUCGAUCUCAGUCUUGGCGACAACACCUUGGGUUACUUUGAGUAUUCUAGGCGGUUAAUUUCCCGCCAUUACUUGCUUCUUUUCACGAAAUAGUUCUUUGAUCAUAAAGAAGCAAUAUGACGGACAACCAGUAUUCAAGUUACCAACAACAGGGGUACAAUCAAUAUAGUCAACCCCCUCCGACAACAGGACAGGAUACAUCUUAUCCGCCACCUUCUACGGGUGGUGGUAAUUAUAAUCAAUAUAGUCAACCACCUCCAAACACUGGAGGCAGUUAUGGAAGCUAUGGGAGUGUUUAUACCGGAAGUAGUCAAGAUUAUAAUCAAUCGCCAGGUCAAGGUGGUUAUGGACAAAAUAGCUACAGUGGUGGGAGUAAUUCUGGAAAUAGCGGUAGUGGCAGUUACGGGGGAGGAAGUUAUGGUCAUGGAGGAAGUAGCAACAAUAGCAGCAGCGGUGGAUACAGUCGCAGCAACUCUGGUGGAGGAUAUGGCGGAGGUCAAGGUGGUGGUGGUGGAGGUAGAUAUGGCGAUCGUGGAGGAUAUGGUGACCGCUCUGGUGGAGGAUACAACAGUGGCGGUGGCCGUGGUGGUUAUAACAAAGGAGGCUACGGUGACCGUAACAGUUGUGGCGAUGGAAUGGUUGUACAAGAAGAUACCAUAUUCGUAUCUGGUAUGGAUCCAUCUAUUUCAGAAGAAGAGAUUUGUGAACAUUUUGGAGCGAUUGGACUCAUCAAGCAUGAUAAACGCACUGGAAAACCAAAAGUGUGGAUGUAUAAAGAUAAAAACACCGGAAAAUCUAAGGGAGAGGCAACGGUAACCUAUGACGAUCAGAAUGCUGCGCUCUCAGCAAUAAGAUGGUUCGAUGGGAAAGAUUUCAAAGGUUGUAAGAUUAAAGUACAAAUAGCACAACAUAAAAGUAGUUGGCAAGGUAAUCGCAGUGGUGGAGGCCGUGGAAGUGGUGGUAGAGGAAGAGGAGGUGGUGGAUUUGGUGGACGUGGAGGAGGUGGUGAUAGAGAUGAUCAUCAUCGUGGCGGUGGUGAUGAUCGUCGUGAUGGAGGAGGACGAGGUGGUGAUUGGAGAUGCCCAAAUCCAGACUGUGGUAAUACAAAUUUUGCUUGGCGGGAUCAUUGUAAUCUUUGUAAAAGUUCUAAACCAGAAGGAGCAGGUAGCGGAGGAGGCGGUGGUGGUGGUGGCGGCGGUGGCGGUGGUGGAAGAGGAGGCGGUGGUCGCGGUGGUGGUGAUCGUGGUGGUCGUGGUGGUUUCAGAAGUGAUAGAGGUGGUGGACGUGGAGGAGAUAGAGGAGGAAGAGGUGGUGGUUUCCGCGGUGGUGACAGAGGUAGAGGAGGUGGAAGAGGUGGACCAAUGAGAGGAGUGGGAGGACGUGGAGACAGAGACAGAGACCGUCAACGUCCUUAUUAAAUAUCACCCGUAUUCGCAUAAAAAUUCAAAAUAUCAUAUGACAAAUGUCUAUGCAUAUACAUAUUUUCUACAUACUCAUCUCGAGUUGUGUAUGUUAUAUUUCUUAAUGAAAAAAUCAUGUGUUAUUAUACUCCAUCAUUACCAUUCAGUUUUUCUCACACAGUUUUUAUAUUCACAAAACAAGAGGAUGAGGCUAUGUACGUUUUACAUUCAUGCAAAUAAUAACCUUCCAUGUAAAGUUAAUUUUUAAUAAAUAAGACAUUAGUCUAGUAAAUAUAAAAAAAAUAAAUUGCAAAGAAAUGCGUAAGAAAUA